AUGUCAGCAUCCGCCAUCGACUUUGGCCACGAGCUGCCAGACCAGCUGCCCACCAUCGCCGCUGCUUUGUCGGCACAGCUCGCGCUCGAAAGCGACCUCGCCUCCUUCCUCUCCGAACGUGCCGCCCUCGAGCGAGACUACGCCGCCAAGCUGCAGUCGCUCGUACGCAAGUAUCGCGAAAAGAAGGCAAAACGCGACCAGGACAUCUCCGUCGGGCCCUCCCCAACCAUCGAGUGGAAGCACGCCCAUUCCACCCUCUCGACGCACAUCGCCGAUCUCUACGCAGCUCACGAUGCUACCGCAGCCGACCACAACACACUAGCAUCCGGCUUCGAUGCUAUCGCCGGAAGAAUGGCCACCAGUACCAAGGCACGCGACGAGCUGCGCAAGAAGCACAUCGCCUACGCCAACAAGCUGCUCUCGGACCGCGAAAAGACGUAUGCGGACAAGGACAAGGCAAAGGCAAAGUACGACGACCUAUGCCACGAGCUCGACACCCACCGUCAGAAGCGCGAAAAGGCCGAAGCAGGCGACAAGCACGCAGAUCGCGCUGCCAAGGCGUUCCAAGCGGCCGAGCUCGACAUGUGGAGUGCCAAGAACAACUACCUCAUCCACAUCGCCGUCUCCAACACCGCCAAACAGCGCUUCUAUCGCACCGAUCUGCCCGCCAUUCAGAACAGCCUUCAGGCGCUCUGGAGCUUCUCCACACACCGCUUCGUCUCCGCCUCGACCAAGGCGCAGACGACCGUCGCAGCGCACCAUGAACUCGUCGCCACAAAGCACCGCCAUCUCGAGUCCAACGCCUCGCACGUCGACCCGCUCCAAGAUCAGACGCUCUUCGCUCAGCACAACCAGCAGCGAUGGCAGGAGCCAGCAGGAUGGUCGUUUGAGCCCUGCGUCGGCUUCUUUGACACUCCCGAGAUGUCGACCGAGCCCGCCGCGGUGACAGUGCUGCAGAAUCGCCUGCUGCGCUGCCGAGACCGCAUGGCCGAGCUUGAGCCUCUGGCGGAAAGCAAGGCCAAGGAGGUCGACGGGCUGCACAAGCUGCGCGAUGCCUACCAAGACAAGCCCGAGCUGGGAAAUCCGGACGAGGUGAUGGAUCAGCUCUUCGACUCCACGCGUGCGCUGUUUGGCUUCGAGAUCGAAUUGCACAACCUCGAGGCCGAGGCGGACACCAUCGUGGCGAGCAUCGGCCAGAACCAGGGCGAGGCGCGUCCGCAUCGCUUCAAGCCCGCUUCGUUUGGUAUCCCGACCGCAUGCCACUUUUGCGGCGGCACCAUCUGGGGGCUGGCCAAGCAGGGCGCCGUGUGCAAACCGUGCGGGUACACGGUGCACCAAAAGUGCGAGAUCAAGGUUCCCGCCGAAUGCAAGGCUGCACCGGCGAGCGAUGCUCCGCGCGCCUCGGCGUCGCUGAGUCGCUCGAAUCGCUCCAGCGCCAUCCUGUCGCCCGCACAGCCUGUCGCAACACCCGCGCGUGCCGAUGCCAAGCGCCCGAUGGGAAGCGUGCUGUACGCGUUCGAGGCGAGCAGUCCGUUUGAGCUGAGCGUGACCGAGGGCGAGCAGGUCGAGCUGCUCGAGGACGACGUCGAUGCAACGGGAUGGAUCAAGGUGCGCGCUGGCGCAGCGAGGGAAGGCCUCGUACCCACGACGUACUGCGAAUUCGGCGCUCAAGGCGCGACUGGGGGCGUGGAAUCAGCUCAGGAUGCAGGUCACACUGCGACGACGGGAGCAGCGCAGGGCUGUGGACAAUUUGUCAAGGCGGUGUUUGACUACACGGCGCAAGGGGCGGAUGAGCAUUCGUUGACGGCAGGCGAACAGAUCGAGCUCACUACCACUGGAUUCAGCUUUGCCGAUGGAUGGUGCGAAGGUGUCAAGGAUGGGCGCACGGGCAUCUUCCCGUCCAACUACGUCGAGCAACUUUGA